CCCCCGGCCAGGUCACUGUUCGGUUGUCCGUAGCCAGUUGUGCAAAACAUACGGAAAGGCAAAAAGGCACCUUAGAUGAAGUGGAACAGAUUGUCGGGCACGCGUUGUUCACCCACAUCCUUUGUCUGGCAAUCGUUCAGGCGGCAGAGGUCAGCAGCGAUGCCGGGGCGGCCGAUUGCGAUCGUGUUACCCUCGGAUGAAGAGGGCAAUCAUAGCUUUCACCUCGAUAAGGAGGCGCUUGAGGAGGUCCUCUCAGCAGACAAGAUCAAGGACAAGCAUAUUGUUGUCGUGUCCAUUGCCGGCGCCUUCAGGAAAGGAAAAUCCUUCCUGCUGGAUUUCCUUCUCAGGUUUUUAAAUGCACAGGGCUCCACAGAGUGGCUGGGCGACCGGGAUGAGCCACUGCGCGGCUUCCCGUGGCGCGGCGGCUCCGAGCGCGACACGACCGGCAUCCUGGUGUGGUCCGAGGUGUUCCCCGUCACGCUGCCCGGCGGCGAGGAGGUGGUCAUCCUGCUGAUGGACACACAGGGCGCCUUCGACAGUCAGUCGACAGUGAAGGACUGCGCCACCGUGUUCGCGCUCAGCACCAUGAUCAGCUCCGUGCAGGUCUACAAUUUGUCGCAGAACAUCCAGGAAGAUGACCUACAGCACCUCCAGCUGUUCACCGAGUACGGCCGGCUGGCGCUCGAGGACAGCAACCACACGCCCUUCCAGAAGCUGCAGUUUCUGGUGCGCGACUGGAGCUUCCCGUACGACGCGCCGUACGGCACGCAGGGCGGUAAACAGAUCCUGGACCGCCGACUCCAGGUGGGGGUGUCCGACAAACAGCACCCGGAACUGCAGAGCCUCCGCAAGCACAUCCGCAGCUGCUUCUGCGAGAUCAGCUGCUUCCUGAUGCCCCACCCGGGCCUGAAGGUGGCCACCAACCAGCACUUCGACGGCCGACUGUCGGAUAUCGAGCCUGACUUCAUCCAGCACCUGGAGAUCCUGGUGCCGAUGCUGCUGGCACCGGAGAACCUCAUCAUCAAGGAGAUCUCCGGCAACAAGGUGAAGGCGAAGGAGCUGGUGACCUACUUCGAGGCCUACAUGAACAUCUACAAGGGCAGUGAGCUUCCAGAGCCGAAGAGCAUGUUGGAGGCCACGGCGGAGGCCAACAACCUGUCGGCGGUGGCUGCUGCCAAGGAGGUGUACACGCAGAUGAUGGAGGCGGUGUGUGGCGGCGACAAGCCGUUCCUCUCGUCCGAGCAUCUGGAGGCGGAGCACCUGCGCGCCAAGGACCGCGCCGGCGACACCUUCCACUCGCGCCGGAAAAUGGGCGGCGAGGAGUUCUCAGAACGCUACCACGAGGGUCUCAUGAAGGACGUGGAGGACCAGUACGUGCAGUAUCAGGGCCACAACGAGUCCAAGAACGUGUUCAAGGCGGCGCGCACGCCGUCCGUGCUGCUCAGCAUCUCCCUUGUGUUCUACAUCCUCUCGGGUGUGUUCAGUCUGGUGGGGCUGUACGCGCUGGCCAACGUCUGCAACCUGCUGAUGAUGCUGCUGGUGCUGACUGUCGGCGUGUGGGCCUACAGCCGCUACAGCGGCGAAUACGUCGAGCUGGCCGCCACCAUCGACGAGCUCACCGAGCAGGCCUGGCAGACCGGCCUGAAGCCGCUGUACGAGGCGCUCAUGCAGAAGUCGCUGGACGCGGCGGCGCGGCAGGCGCUGCAGCGGCAGACCUCGUCGCCGGGCACCAGCCGCGACAAAGCCAAGGCCUCGUGAUGACCCCAGCUCAAACGCGCCGCGCCUCGCCGCACCUCGCGCGCAUGUGCCAUGCUGGAGUGCGGCCGAGUGGCGCCGCGCGCGGCAGGCGGCCGGCGGGCUCGCGCGCGCCGCCGCCCCGCCCGCGCCGACAGCCACCCUCGAGGAGUACAAAACCAGUGCCUAUCUUCACUGCAUGCUUACAGGCAGGCGCGGGAAGGCUGGAGAAGGCCUCCGCUCGUGCUCCUCGGGACCCGCGCAGCCAUAUGUACGGGCCACCAGUAACCACGGUCGUUAUCACUUGAACGCGUCGCGGCCAGCGGCGCCGGCGCCGGCGCGGUCGUGGGACAAAUUACCUGUGUAUUUAUUAGUAGCCGUUCGCGGCUGGUGACGCGCUCGUGCCGACGGCGCACUCGCGGCGGAUAUUUCGGGAUCUGACGGUCGUUUUGCGGACUUGUUUUGCUGUUGGCGGCUAGCGUGGUGGGGUUGCGGUUGUGUCGGGAUUGGGCGUGGUUGUGGCCGAGUCGGAAAGUGCAGCAGGUCGGCCGUCCGGUACCAGCCGCCUGCUCUCGAGCUGGGAUGCCUUGAGCGCAUUUUAUCCUGUCCGCUGCAUGCCUUUACAUAACGGACACGCAUGUCUGAGAUCGAUAUCCCGAGAAUACCAUAAAGACGAUACUCCUCACAACGUAUUCAGCAUGGUUAACUCCGAUGACGUAUACUGCUCGCACCUGGCCCGUUUACACCUCCGCGAACAUGUCAUGUUUUGUUUUUCUGGGUUCGUCCGUCAAUUCCACUGGGCUUCCGGGGAGACUUCCUGCGGCAAUCCUGCGGUGACUGCCGCCCGUCACCGGCUGCUGUCCGUCCUUGGCAUCGCGGCUCAAUCUCCGGGUGGUUACUUCUCCAUCCGGCUUCUGCUGUCCCAGGACCGUGGACAGGGCACCGCCCGGCCUCUGAUUACGGUACCCUACCGGUCCGUCGCUGGGUCUCGAUUUCGUGCAGUUCCUUCAGGCGUGUGUCGGGCGAGGCGCUCUGCCGAGGCCGCUCGUCCGCGCCCCGCGCCAGGCCCGCUCCCCUGCCCCCCCCCCCUUCCUUGGCCCGCCCAGCGCCGGGGGUGGUGCCGUGAGCGGCCAACCGGUCCGCGCGCUGCCGCCGCCACCGCCGCCAUCGGUUUGGUGUUGUUUGCACGAUCAAAACCUGUCGGUAGAAGCGUAGACGUGACGUGCUGUUGGGAAGGUAGUUUGAUUGUGAUGGUCGCUCGGUGGCUUAGGGUGGCAUCGUGCCAGGAUGGUAGAGUGAUAAUGUCGAAUAUACAUUACUAAUUG